AUGUUAUUGAGGGAAUUUUUUAAUUAUCAAAAAUAUUUUUUAGUGAUAUCUUCAAAAGUACAAGCUUCGGAUUAUUGUGACUUUUGUCUUGGCGAUUUGACAAAAAAUGCGGCUGGGAAAGCUGAAGAAUUGGUUUCCUGCCAUGAUUGUGGACGCUCUGGUCAUCCAACUUGCCUUAAAUUUACUAAAAAUAUGUUGAUCUCUACUAAAAGAUAUGGCUGGCAAUGCAUUGAGUGCAAAGCCUGUAGUAUUUGUGGAACUUCAGAGAAUGAUCAUCAACUGCUUUUUUGUGACGACUGUGACCGUGGCUUCCACCUUUACUGCCUAAAACCUCCGUUGCAAGUGCCACCCGAAACUGAUUGGAGUUGCCAUUUAUGUAUUCAGGCGUUUGGCGCAAAUGCUUCAAUUAAUAAAUCACAUUAA